AUGAAGUUACACGAUUUUCUCACCAUCUCGCUUCUCUCCUUCCCCCUCUCUUCGGCAAAACUAUGUUCCAUGCCCUAUAACUCCUCCCCCUUGAUCGACGACGCACCGGGUAUCACGACAGCUGUCAAUCUCUGUGGUCCAAACUCGACAAUUCUUUUCGAACAAAACGUCACGUAUAAUCUACUCACACCCCUCAGUUUCAAGAACCUUACGAGUGUAAAGUUCUCGUUUGAGGGCAAUAUCAGUUUGAGUGAGAAUGUGACGGCGGUACAGCUGGUGGUUAAUAAUACACGUAUUUAUCCCGGAAGAUGGAUUACGCUUAAGGGGACCAAUGUCACCUUUGAGGGCAGUGAGAAGGAAGAUGGUGGUUGGUUUUUGGCGCAUGGGGAGAAUUGGUGGAGUAGUCCGUGGGACUCGGUGCAAGGAGGACGGCCGCAUUGGUUUGGUUUUACGGUUACUGAUCUUGUUAUUCGUAAUCUUAAGAUUCUUAACCCUGUGGCGUGGGUGUUCUCCAUAGGGGGGAGUAAUGUCGAGAUGACGAAUACCUUCAUUGAUGCUAGGAGUAAUGAUGGAUUUCCCUUUAACACUGAUGGAAUUGACCUCUCUGCGUCUAAUGUCCUAAUCGACGGGUUCGAAAUUCACAACGGUGAUGAUGUGAUCAACGUCUCGCCGCCAGCCACAAACGUCACAAUGCGCAACGUCAUCGCCUCCGGCACGCACGGGCUCUCUGUCUCUUGCGCUUCAGGCACAGGCGGUAAUUACACGUUUGAAAAUGCGUAUAUUUAUGACAGUCUGAUGGCAGCAAGAUUCAAGGGAAAGAUAGGUACAACGUGUAAUGUGAGUAAUGUGACGUGGAGAAAUAUCGAGGUGAAGAAUGUUAGCUACCCAAUCCAUUUUAUUGAGGAUUAUUAUGAUCAAGAGAAGGGUAUUCCAAGCGGGACAGAUACUAGCAUUGCGGCUUUUGCGAAGGGGUUUACAUGGGAGGGAAUUAAUGGGAGUGUGGCGGCAGUGGUUGGGGAUGCGAGCUGUGUGAGUGACCCGUGUUGGUAUGCUACUACUGAUGAAUCGCCAAGGAAUGGGUUGUAUCUACUUUGUCAUGAUAGCGCUCAUUGCGAGGACUUCCACUUUAAGGGCAUUGAUUUGACCACUGCAAAUGGGACUGCGGCGGGAGAAAUAUGUACGGGGUUGGAAGGUGUGGAGGGCAUGGGGGUUACUUGUGUGAAUGGAACGAUUACAGCGAACUGA